GUUUUAGCUACAGGUGGUGGAAGUAGCUGGAAAACCAUGUUUUCCCCGUGUCAUUCAUAGUAUAGUAAUUUGUUGAGGAUUCUAAAUUGUCCAUAGGUGCGAAUAAAUGUGACUUGAUGCUUGUGUUUUUGCAUCUGUGGAUUUCAAGAUUUCAGUCUUGAUGCGUCUCCGUCUCAUUGUCAUUACUGCAAAUUUCCAGUAAGAGGCGCCAGUAGCUCAACAUCCUUCAGGAUUUUCCGUUUAUGAUCUCAUUCAACUUUUUUUUUAACCUAAGUAUCUCAAAAACAAAAUAAAGGUUAUCAUCUUCAAAGUUCUCAUUGUAUAGCGUAGUGUGAUGAUUGCGAAAUUUAAAGAAACAUGCAAAAUUGUCUUGUUUUUUCUUUUCUAAUUUUGAAAUCAUCAACCGCAUAUAAAUGCUUACUGAUUUGGUUAUGUGAAUACAGGUUAGCACAUAUUUUUCAAUUGAACAAUAACCAAAAGGCCAAGUUUUCUCUCUGUAAUGUUUACUCAUGUGUAGUAAAACAAAUAAAAGGAUGAAUCAAAUAACCAUGAGCACCCCAUGUAAAUGUCUCAUCAGCACUAUGAAAGUGCAAUGACAUGAAAAAAAAAUAAAAUCUUAUACAAAUAUGAAGGUAAUUAUCCACAGGAGAUGUAUCGCCCGUUUACUUUCCAGUGACUAGUAAGAAUAAAUUAACAAAAUCAUUUUCUCCACUUUUCAAUGUACAACAGAUGUGAUCUAAAAUGUAUUGUCGAGCCUGUAAUCUAAUGAAGCAUUGAGUUUACACAGAAUUAAAACCUUUACAUAUGGUCCCUUAAGAUCUUAAAAUAGGAGCCCAAAGUUGAAAUUGUGUGUUUAGUAAGGAAUUUGUGUUGACAUCCUCUUUUCAUACUGCUAUCGCUUUGUAAAAUCCAUUCUUAUAGUUAUAAAGCAAUUAGCCUUUUUAUAUGUCAUUUGAUGUUAAAUGAAUACGGAAUGAGGCGUGAAACACAAACGCGAAGGCGUAUGUAUGCUACGGUCCGUGGGCACGUCCCGUGGACGUCAGCACGGGUCUCUGGCUACAUUUCGCGGUGAAGCCUGCCACGAUUUAUAAAGGCCUGCCCUGACACUCCUACCGCUCCGUGUGCCAACCAGAGGGAGGACUGUCACGACCAAUUCGGGACUUCAUCCUCCUCACUUUCUCAUCACCGUCACUUGUGAAUACUUGAAGCUGAAGCGCGCACGGCCCUGUCAUCACCUCUUCACUGUGCUUCCAAAGAGGUUGGACUGAACUGAGGUGACCCGCCCUCCGAAACCGCCAUGUUGCUCUGGGCAGUGUGGAGUAUAAUUUUGCUGCUGAUUCCACUGGCUGCUGCAGAAAAUGGCGAAGAUGUCCGAGCAGGUUGCAGCACAGCAGUGAAUGACUUGGUCUUUAUUGUUGAUGGCUCGUGGAGUGUUGGCGCCGGCGAUUUUGAAACAGCCAAGCAAUGGCUAAUCAACAUCACCAGCCAGUUUGACAUCAGUUCCCACUACACACAGGUGGCGGUGAUCCAAUACAGUGACACUCACCGUCUGGAGAUCCCACUGGGAAAGCAACAAAGUGCUGCAGAACUCAUUCAGGCCAUUGGCGGCAUCACUUACAUGGGAGGAAACACACAGACUGGCAGAGCCAUUAAGUUCGCUGUGGACCAUGUCUUCGCCACAUCCCAGCGAGCCAGCCAAGUCAAGAACCGCAUUGCUGUUGUGGUCACAGAUGGCAAAUCCCAAGAUGAUGUAGUGGAUGCCAGUAUAGAAGCAAGAGCUCAAAGCAUUACGGUGUUUGCGGUGGGAGUCGGUAGUGAGAUCACAAGCUCUGAGCUCGUAGCCAUUGCGAACAAGCCAUCUUCCACCUACGUCCUGUAUGCUGAAGAUUACACCACCAUUGACCGUAUCCGAGACUCAAUGGAGCAGAAGCUCUGUGAGGAAUCUGUGUGUCCCACACGAAUACCAGUGGCUUCUCGAGAUGAAAAAGGCUUUGAGCUGAUGGUGGGCAUGAAUAUUGAGAAAAAGGCCAAGAAAAUUCCUGGCUCGUUGGUGACAGAGACUGCCUUCGCUCUUACUACCUCGACUGACAUUACGGCGGACACAAGAGAGAUUUUCCCAGAGGGCCUUCCCCCAUCUUAUGUAUUUGUAGCCACCGUUCGUCUAAAGGGGAUUGCUCAAAAGUUGAACUUCGACCUAUGGAGGGUGCUAUCAAGGGACAAAAACACCCAAGCUGCUCUGACACUAAAUGGAAAGGACAAAAGUGUCACCUUUACCACAACGAAAGUAACAAACACGGAGCAGAAGAUCGUCUUCAAUUUGGGAUUUGAGCCUCUCUAUGAUGGAAUGUGGCAUCAGCUUAAACUCCUGGUGAGGCCAAGCCAGGUCGUCGGCUUCCUCGAUGAUCAGCGCAUUCAGGAAAUAACACCAGAACCGAUGGAGCCCAUCUACAUCAACGGCAAGACGCAGGUGGCAAAGAGGCGAGGAGCGGAUGUCGGCGUCCCGGUACAAAUCCAGAAACUGCGUCUGUACUGUGAUCCUCUUCAGAGUGAGAGAGAAACAGCCUGUGAAAUCUUCAGUGUGGAUGAUGAAAGGUGUCCUCCGAAUCGAAAAGCCACAAUUGCAGAAGUGGAAGACUCCGAUGGUGUGGUGGGACCUCCGGGGCAGAGCGGCCCACCAGGACUCAUGGGCGAGAAAGGGGAGGCAGGGUCACCUGGCGCUGAUGGUAAGCCUGGCGAAAUAGGAAUGCCUGGACCUCCUGGAGUAAUGGGAAAGAAGGGUGUCGAUGGGUCACCAGGACCAAGAGGACCUCCUGGUAUCAAGGGUGAAAACGGGAUGACGGGCUUACCAGGACUACAGGGGCUUCCUGGGGAAAGGGGUGAACCAGGACAUCCAGGAGAAGCAGGUUUAAAGGGUGAUCCUGGCGCCGUCGGAGCUCAAGGAGCCCCGGGUGCCCCGGGACCUCCAGGAGAAGCAGGCCCACUGGGACCACAGGGAGAGAAGGGGCUGCAAGGACCACCGGGGAACUGUGGUGAUUCGCGGGUUUAUACUUGUCUCGGUUCACCAGGGCAGAAGGGCUCGACAGGGGAGCCGGGGUUCCCAGGGCUACCAGGCGCCCCUGGACAUCCGGGGUACAAAGGUCAUUGGGGAGAGGUGGGAAAGCCAGGCUCAAAGGGAACUAAGGGGGACCGAGGGAGGGAUGGAGAACCAGGGAGUCCUGCUAUACCUGGCCAAGUGGGACCCAGGGGAAGGGAAGGAGAGAAAGGAUUGAAAGGGGAUGAGGGCCCCAGGGGGCCUGAAGGAAAGAAAGGGGACAUGGGCCACAAUGGCCACGCUGGUGCUGCUGGUCCAAGGGGUUUUCCUGGCCUGGACGGGUUGCCAGGUCAACCAGGUCAGCCUGGAUUUCCUGGAAAGCCCGGGAAAUCACCAUCAGAUGAACAUCUUGUCAAGCUCUGCACUGAUGUUCUGCGCGUUCAACUCCCUGAACUUCUCCGGACCAUGGAUACAUCAUCGUGGUGUGAACCCUGCCAUAUUGUGAAGGGCCCCCCUGGUGAGGCAGGUGCCCCGGGACCCAAAGGCUCCAUGGGAAUCCCUGGUUAUCCUGGCAGGACUGGCUCCCCAGGAUACCCUGGUACACCUGGACUGCAGGGUUCUCCGGGCCUCAAAGGUGACAUAGGACCCAGAGGGUUCAAGGGCAGCAAAGGUGAAGGGCACCAGGGACGUCCAGGACCACCCGGGCAGAUAGGGGCUCGAGGUCAACGUGGCUUCGAUGGAGUUGGACAGCCAGGCAACCAGGGAAUUCCUGGCAAACCAGGACCCCCCGGAGAGUCCGGUAAAAGGGGUAAUCCAGGGACACCGGGGCUAUGUGACUUAUCCAUGUGUUAUCAGACCUACAACCUAAGGGAACAUUACAGCAAAGGACCCAAUAUCUGAUGGCAUACGCUGCAGCGAGGGACAGAAGUGCCACUGGCUUUAACACCCACAUGUAUCCAGAAGCGAUUUACUGUAGCACUGAUUCAUGUGUGACUGUUGACUCCUGCAGAAGCCCGUUGUGCGCCGCACAACGACACUGGAGGCAGAAAUAACCUCAUACGUUGAGUCAAACUGAAAUGGGUGGCACAUGACUCAUAGUUACGGAAUUAAUGGUCAAAACACCAGCUGAGGGAAAUGUUCUGGGAUACAAAUAGGAGUUUUCAGUUGGAGCAGGUUUAUUAAUUCAAUCUAUAACAAAGUGGCACCGAUGUUUAUGACUUAGUUGUGUUGCUUUUGUGUAACUCGACAGACAAUUUGUGGAUGAGAUUCAAGGUUAGGCUAGCAGCUGUCCAACUAAUAUUAACAUCAUGUGUAUGAUACUCUACUAGAGUGGUUCUCAAACAACUACCCACAUCUAAAAAUAUACAUAUUUAGCACGCCAAGUACCACCACCAUAAUGAUAAUUAAAAUAGAGUAGUAUUGUAGACACAAGUCUUCAUAAAAAAAAAAAAAAAAAAAAACUAACUUAAA